CUCGCCUGAGGCGGUCGUGUUUUAUGUUAAUAAAAUAAUUCAAUCAGUGAUAAAAAUGGAUUUAACAAAAAUUAGACAUUUCAGUCUGGAUGAAGCGUCAAUGCGAAGUGGAGCGCUAGCAGCAAUGGAGGCAGAGCCCGACCUCAGCACGUUCGAGAACAAGUCCGGAUUAGCCGAAGACAUGAAAUUCCUCGCGUCAAUGCCGGAGCUGUGUGACGUCACGUUCUUAGUUGGUGACACCAGAGAGCCCGUGUGUGCUGUUAAGGCGGUAUUAGCAGCUAGGAGCCGGGUAUUCCAAAAAAUGUUGUACCAAGCACCAAGCCCGCAGAGGAAGAAAGAGUCAGCGCCGCGUGAAAACAAGCUACGACUUUUUUUGAAGCGAUCUUCAGAACCACUUCUCAACCUUCAAAACGCCGCUCAACAGCCAUCGUCUCAACAACAUCAAACGUUGAUCAUCGAAGAGUUUGAGCCAGACGUCUUCCGUCAGCUGAUCGAGUACAUCCAUACAGGCUGCGUUACUUUGCAGCCAAGAACAUUGCUUGGUGUGAUGAACGCAGCUGACUACUACGGUUUGGACGAAUUGCGGCGCGCGUGCGCAGGCUUCGUGCAGUGCUGUAUCACGGUUGAUACGGUUUGCGCACUACUUGCUUCUGCUGAGAGAUACAUACAGUAUAAGUGCACUAAAUCAUUGGUGCAAAAGGUUCUGGAGUUUGUUGAUGAACAUGGGAAUGAAGUACUCAACUUGGGUUCAUUCACUCUCUUGCCACAACACGUUGUGAGAUUGAUCCUAGCGCGAGAUGAACUGAAAGCUGAUGAAUUUACUAAAUUUCAAGCUGCUCUAAUGUGGAGUAAGAAGUAUUUCGAUACGAACCCUAACAUGGUUCUAAAAGAUGUGAUUGGAAAUUUCCUUGAAUACAUACAAUUCCAUAAGAUUCCUGCUAACGUUUUAAUGCGAGAAGUCCAUCCACUUGGCUUGGUUCCGUACUCGAUUAUCAUGAAUGCGUUGGCUUAUCAGGCAGACCCGGCCAGCGUAGAUCCUGGCAAACUUUCUCCAGCGCGAGUUCGCCGUGCCGGUCGCUCUAUGUCCGUACAGUCUUCUCUUGACCCCUACGGCUCCAACACCACCCUCUCCUCCACCGGCUCGAGCGAUGUGCCGUCGUCAGACUCGCGACACAACUAACG